GACAGCGUACGUACAAAUGUAGCAGAGACCAGAUCACCAGCGCACCUCCAGCUGUUGGUCUAAUUGGAGAAGGCGAUUGGACCUUGUCGAUCUCCCAGACAGAUCAAUGACAUCAUUUUGAAUGAAAGUGGUGCAAUGAUAUUGUUUCUCCGGAUGCUACACAAUGCAAAACACGAUCUGAAUUAAUUGGAAAAAAAAACAAAGGAAAUUCAGACUGUUAGCCAUGGCCGCCGCAGUGCAGACAGCUGUUCGUAAGAAGGGACAGGGCACGUGUAUUCACCAUGUUGGAAAAGCUGUGGAAUUCAUUUGUGAAAAAUGCAACGAACUCGCCUGUAAGAAAUGUGUAGGUUCCCGCCACAGGGGACACGAGUUGACCGAAUUGAGUGAAAUAGCUGAGCAAAAGAAAUCAGAAAUGAUCACAUUCAUAAAAGAAAUUGAAAAUAUCAAGCUUCCACAUAUAAAUGAAAACAAAGACUCAAUUGACAAGGAAAUCGCGGAAACCUCAGACUACUUUGAUAAAAUGGAGACAACAGUUCAAGAACGAGGAGUGAAAUUAAAGAACGAAAUCGAUGAAUCGAUAAAAAGAUCGACCUCAUUGUGUCAAAAAAUGAAAGCUGAAAACGUCCAGCGCCUUACUGACUACAAAAAAUGUCUGAAAGACAGCCAGGAAGGACUCGCUAAACAGCUACACGAAUGCAAAACACGACUUCAAGAGGCGUCUGUUAUUGAGCUUUGUGACGUCGGGCAUGCAUUCCGUAGCCUAGCUUUGAACUUACCCGCCACCCCUGGACUACAUACAGCCAUCUUUGAAGCACCUUCACAAUACCGUUGUUACCUAGAGCAAGCGUUAGGGAUGUUGACGACUAAUGACCUGUCGGAGAGCCAAUCAAGAUCUACAACGGAGCUUCCAUCACCGAUGGUGGAAUCGGCUUCUGGGAGUUCAACCUCAGGAGCGAUGCCAACCAAUAGACUCCCCGUGAAGUUCACCCUCCUACCCCAAACCAGCAUCAUGGGCAAAUUCCAUACCGAAAGGAUUGGCAACAGGAUAAGUCCAACUGGCAGCGAGGAAGUUUGGAUUUCAUACUCGGAUAUCCUACAACUCCUUAACAAGAAAGGCAAGGUACGGACGGAGAUCCAGUUCAACGUAAGAAUAACAGAUAUUAGCAUAUCACCCAUAACAAAGAAUGUUUGGGUGUGCUCUGACGCCGAUUCCACUGUCAUGGAAUGUAUACAAGGAACUCCUAAUCUGCGAUUCCACUGCAAAAACAAACCCAUCUGUCUGUGUGUUACUACAGGGAACGAAAUCUUGGUGGGAAUGUCACAAAAAGUGACCAGAUUCACCGAACAGGGGAAAGUGCUCCUCAGCACGAAAACGCCGACGUCUGGACAAGCCUUGGUCCGUUUACCACAGAAGAUAACAGAGUGUCGGUUGACAAAGAACGUGGCUGUUGUUGAAAGGCAGAGCUAUGACGAGAAUAGUAAAAAGCAAGUUAUUGUCAUGGACAAAAAGUUUGAAGAGAUGUUCAGAUACAAAAGUGAUACGAAAGCAGUUCAACAGGCGGUAAACGCCGCAUUUGACCCAUGGGAUGUGACCUUCGACAGUGUUGGAAAUCUUCUCAUUGCCGACUGUAACAACCACAGCGUGCUUCUCAUCAACCCUAACGGAGAGUUCAUGAAGACCUUAUUUACAGACGAGCGGAGUACACAGGCCAUCUGCCUGGACAAAAACCUGGUCCUUUGGGCGGUGUUUGGUGACGUCGUGAAACGUCUCCAGUACUACAGCGUUGGACAUGAUUAGACAAUUGGUUCAAAGAUAAAACUUUAAAGGACAGCAAAUUACCGCUAGGGAGUCGUUCAGACAGUGCUCAAUAACAAUAACGACGGCAAUGACAACAAAAUAUAUUUUUCAAAUUUAUCUUAAAAAUUGUGGUUAAAAAAAACGUUACAAUGAGUCCAAAAUGGAUAUCUUAAUCGUAGUCUAUAUAUCAGGAGUUACAUGAAAAAAUAAGAGACACCAUGGAAAUAUCUUAGAAAUUCUUCUUUAUGGCGAGUAUCGUAAAGUUGUGGAACAGCUAUUGUGUUGGUAUAACGUCUCGUGCCACACGUAAACUACCUUUUGUUCAAAACUGGCGGUCAUAUGCCACUUCCUAAGCCAAACCACUUCCAAUUGUGCUUUGUGAAUACUAUGCUAUUAGACGAUUCCUGAGUAAAUGUUGUCCAAGAAACGA